CUUGAGUCUUUCCCUGCUAUGUUUGCCUCACUCCUUCUAUAAACCCAAGGAAGUGAAAGCCCUGGUAGGGGAUUCAAUUCUUCUUGGGUGUCUAUAAAGUUUCCCCGUUUAUUUGGUUGCUUGGCAAGCAUGGCUGAUCAGGAGGAGGAGAAGAGUGUGACGACGAAGGAGGCCAUGGCGACCCCAAAGCCUGAUAACCUUCCUGAGCCCAAGGAGUUUCCCUGUCAGUUCUGCAACAAGAAAUUCCAGACUUCUCAAGCCUUGGGUGGUCACCAGAAUGCUCACAAGAGGGAGAGGUCUGAAGCAAAGAAGCAGCAGAAGCCAAAAGAUUACUCAGCCCCUGCGCUGAACCCCCGCCCUUUCGUCUUCAACCCAGCUUCCUUCUACCUCAACUCUCAUGUCAGGCCCCCUGCUCUCUACCAACCUGCAGGCUUUUUCUCCUCUCAGAAUAUGUCUCUCGGAUCUGCCGGCGCUGCCACUAGGCCCAACGUCCCUCCCAAGAGGCCGAGAGCCCUCGAGGGAGCCCAUGCAGAGGAUGAUGUAAACUUCCUCACCUGGCAGAGGAAGUACAGGCAGAUGGUGGCAAAGGACGGGCAGGUUCCUUUAGAGGGACCAUCUUCAAGAAAGGGAUCAAACAAUGCCCCAGACGUCCUUGAAAUCGAAGACGACGCCCCUGGUUUUCUUUCUAGGGAGCCAAAGCUGGAUCUCACGCUGCAUCUAUAGAUGACUGAGUGUCAUGAGCAGCAAAAACAUUUGUGCGGGAGAAAGUGUACAUCAUUGCUCCUAUCGGUCAUGGCUAUUUUCUUUCUUCUUAGCUUUGGUUAUUCGUUUCAUGCAUUUGCCUUGGGGUAUGCGUAGACCCCUCGUUGUCUGUGUUUACGUGCAUAUGUGGUGAUC